CCCCAGUCCUCCAGUCCUCCGUGCGCGUCGGGCCCGAGCCCACAGAGCCCAUGGAACCCACGGAGCCCAUGGAACCGGCGCGGAGCGCGCCCCGUGGGGGCGAGGCGCUGCUGCGGGAGCUGGAGGUGCUGGUGCAGGACGUGGUGAGGACGAGCUCCUGGUGGGAGCGCCACGGCGUGGACUGCGCCAUCCUCGCGCUCAGCCUCCUCGCCUUGCCGGCAGGGUUCCUGUGCCUGCGCUCGGAGAAUGCCCUGGUCUUUGCAUCGGGCAUCACCGUCUUGGGUGUGUGCCACUACACACUCACUGUCAAGGGCAGCCACCUGGCCACUCAUGGGGCCCUCACUGAGUCCAAACGCUGGAGCAAGAUCUGGCUGCUUUUCUUUGUGGAGGUGUGCACAGCCUUCACUGCAGAGCACGCCACGCACGGGCACGUCAAGAUGCAUCAUACCUACACCAACGUGGUGGGCCUGGGGGACUCCAGCACGUGGAGGCUGCCUUGCCUCGACCGCUAUGUCUACAUGUUCCUUGCUCCUUUCCUCCUCCCCAUCGCCACUCCACUGGUGGCUGUCGAGCGGCUGAGGAAGGUGGAGCUCGGGACGGCCCUGCGGACACUGGCCCUGAUUUCCCUGGGCCUUUAUUCUCACUACUGGCUGCUCCUGAACGUGUCAGGCUUCAAGAACCCCAGCUCAGCCCUGGGCUGCAUGUUCCUCACCAGAUCCCUGUUGGCCCACGCCUACCUCCACGUCAACAUCUUCCAGCACAUCGGACUGCCCAUGUUCUCCCGGGACAACAAGCCCCGCCGGAUUCACAUGAUGAGCCUGGGGGUGCUUAACCUGGCCCGGCUGCCCGUGCUGGACUGGGCGUUCGGCCACUCGAUCAUCAGCUGCCAUGUGGAACACCACCUCUUCCCCAGGCUCUCUGAUAACAUGUGCCUGAAGGUGAAGCCCGUGGUGUCCCAGUUCCUCCGUGAGAAGCAGCUACCGUACAACGAGGACUCGUACCUGGCUCGCUUCCAGCUGUUUCUCCGUCGCUAUGAGGAAUUCAUGGUGCAGGCCCCACCCAUCACUGAGCUUGUGGGGCUGCAAUGAGGUCGGGCCAGUGCAGCCACCCUGCCCCUCCCUGGCCUGGCCCUGGCCCUCCUGCUGCUGCUGCUGCUGGUCCAGGGAGUGUGGCUCAGUGGCUGGUAGUGGACCUGGAGAGUGGAGGCACCGGGCAGGCAGGGGGGCAGAGGAGCUCAGGCCUGGGGUCUGGGGGCCACCUGCCUUGCGUGCUUUUCUGGGUUUUGAGGGGUGUCUGGGGGAAGCAGUAAUGGUGGCUGUGCAUUCUGGUCAGUCUGGACCUCAGCAACUUCAUCUCAGGACUAAAGAGCUGGGUCCUUCCCCCUGUUCCAUCCGAGCCUUGGUAGGGUUAAAGGGAGGUGACAGGGUGAAGAGGGAUCCUGUGCAGGGCCCACCUGGGAGACAGCAGGGGGCACAGAGAGAGCAGGGUCAGCUCCCUCGGCUGGGACCUCCCUGGCAUUGGGAGAGCCCCACACGGCCUUGGCUACUGCUUCCUUCAGGCUCUGCCCACCAAGGUGCCCUCUCCCCCGGGGACCUCAGGGUGAGCUUGCUUUUGGCAGGCCUUCCUCGAUCCUCAGCCAAAGGAACCUGUGCAAGACACUGGCUCAGCAGUUCCCCAGGCCGCAGUAUCAGCAAGAUAAAAGUGAGUGUGUUUUGUCCGGAGGGAACUCCAGGGGAAGUGAGGGGAGAAGGUUCCUCAGGGACAGAGUUGGGGAAAGAGUAUAAAUAGCCAGCCAGGGGCGCUGGCUCAUGCCUGUAAUCCCAGCACUUUGGGAGGCCAAGGUGGGCGGAUCGCGAGGUCAGGAGCUCGAGACCAGCCUGGCCAACAUGGUGAAACCCCGUCUCUACUAAAAAUACAAAAACUUAGCUGGGUGUGUUGGCAUACACCUGUAGUCCCAGCUACUUGGGAGGUUGAGGCAGAAGAAUCACUUGAACCUGGGAGGUGAAGGUUGCAGUGAGCUAAGAUUGCACCAUUGCACUCCAGCCUGGGCAACAGAGCAAGACUCCAUCUCAAAAAAAAAAAAAGAAUAAAUAGCUUUGAAUGUGACCUUGGCUAGUUCAAACAGUUUGUUCUGUGAUGUUUAGAAAUGAACCUGGGGUGAACCUGGGGAUCAUCCACUGGGAGAGAGAAGAAUUUGUA